AUGGAUACCCUCCCUCUCAAUGGAAACCACGGCAACAACUACAGCAUGGCAAGCAGCGAGUACCUGAGCGACUGUGUCCAGAUUCUAGAUCGCAGUGGGGGAUAUGGUACCCAUGGCAACCACAAAGAGACCACUCUGGAAAAGAAGAUCCUGAAGGAACUGACCUCCAACUACAUCCCAUCGUACCUGAACAACCACGAGAGAGCCACGACGGAGCGCAACCACAACCUCAUGAACAAGCUGGUCAACAGCAACAUGGCCAACGGAGGGAGCAUGCCAGGCAGCAGUAGCAGCAGCAGCAGUGGUGUGAGCGGCUGUGUGGUCAGCUCAAAAGAAGACCCUGGCCCCAUGGUGCUGGACAACCCGGUGACCUUCCCCCUGGAAGAGAACUUGGGUCUGGAGAUCAUUCGUGAAGAAUCUAAUGCUCCUCUUCUGCCUCCGCGGCCUCCACCCCCAGACAGUCACCCACCUCCGCCCCCUCCACCCCACAGCUUUUCCAGGCCGCGGCGCAUGCCUCAGGAGACCAGCGAGAGCUUCUUCCCUUUACUGACCAAUGAGCACACAGACGAGCACACGCACUCGCCCAAUCACAGAGACUCUCUUUACACCAGCAUGCCGGUGCUCACCGACCUGCCUGAUGCGCACAUGAACGGGCUGACCGACGGAGAGGAUGAGAGUUCGGGCGAGCUUCAACCUUGUAAAAGCGCCACUGCCCCGGAGCUGGAUGAUGUUUACUACAAGAGCAUGCCCAACUUGGGCUCCAGAAAUCACCUCCAUGAAUUGCAAAGCUACUACCACAUGGGCCGUGGUGGGAGUGAUGGGUAUAUGGUAUCAGAAAAUAAGGACGAGUCUGAUUCUUCGCCGGAAGAACCUCCUGUAGACCCUUCUCAUCUGGUCACAAGUCUAUAG